AUGUCGCCAAGCCAGGAUUCAGUUUGUGAAGACAAGGUAAGUCUUACAGAUUUAGAAAGUUCAUCAGUAAAUGGAUACUAGUAGAAUUAGAAACUCCAUCAGACGUGACUGCUUACUCGUUGGUAUAUUCUUACUUUUCUAGCUUUGAACUUUAGCUCUCUUUCUCUUAGACUAGACUAUAACUUCUUCUGUUCUUCUUUUUUUCACUCUCUUUACUAGCCAUCAAAAACAGGUUAAGCCUGAGAAUUAAAAACUGAGGCCAAACCUAUGGCUGAGCUAGAGCUGUCUAAAAAUAGCCUAAGCCCAAGUACUAUGUUUACAUUUUGUAAUAUUCAAGCAUUACAUGUAUAACAACGUUACUUUUCAGAAAAUGCACAAGAAGUGCCGUGAGACGCAGCGUCGUCAAAAUAUGAACAAAGCCGCUAGCGAGAUGAAGACCAGGCUGGAAAAUUGUUUAAGUUUCUCACAGCAACACAAAAUGGAGUUCAAUGACGUCCUGGAAGUGUUCAGAACGACGUUCAAGAGAAAGUCCGACAGAUUACGGUUUUGCAAAAGAGGUAACUUUUUUACAUAUUACUUUACACUGUAAAAACUUUUUUAUCUUCUACUUUACAAAGUAAUAUAUUUAAAAAAUGUCAUAAGAAAAAGGAUAUAAGCCUACAAUAAGAGGUCUAAUUUAAGAAAAAACAAAAAAAUUUUAGAAAACUUGUCAUGUUAUAUGUGAUAAUAUGUCAUUUUUACCAUGCUUACAACAUAAAUAUACUUACUAUACCUACUAUUUUAGAAAUCAACCGAAUCGAGAAAACUUUGAAGUUAAGGCCAAAAGACCCAGAACCCAAUAUAAAGAUGGAAUCUGCUGAUUCAGCAGUACAACUAUCCACCCCCAGCCCUACCAAUGCUCCGGCAUUACUGCACGAUUCAACUUCAUCAAGUUCUGGCAGCUUUUCAAACAACUCAGCAAUUCCUGAACUCAACACUUGUGAUGAACAAGUAUUUGGAACUUCGUACUCUACUAACCAUGUUGAUUCCCAAAGAGUGACAGAUUCAGAAGGCCAAGACAGUCAACUAUCAGAAGUAGCAUCUAGUUCAAAUAAACAGGAUUCAGAGGAACCGGCUCUAUUAUCAGCAACACAGUCUAUGGCUAAUGUUCAACCCAGUUUGUGUCUUAAUACUGUUGACAAUGUUGAUUUAAAUACUCUGUCGUAUCUUCAAAACAUGGCUAUGCUACAGAAUAGUGUGCUGAUGCCAAACUAUUUUUCUACUUUGCCUUUGACUAACAUGACUAUGUCUACUGGGCCCAUGUUUAACAUGAAUAUGUCUAGUGUACCUUUGGCCGAUAUGUCUAUGUUUGCUAUGCCUAUGCUUAACAUGGAUAUGUCUACUACUUCUAUGCCCAACAUAAAUAUGUCCAAUGUAAUGCCGACGUUAAAUAUGCCAUCUCUGAUGCCGCAAGCACCUUUACUUGACCCUCUACAACGUAUGAUGUGGUUGAACAUGAUGAACAACACAAACUCUACUGGUUAG